GGGAGGGAGAGAGAGAGAGAUCUCAAGACAAUCUAGAAGAAGGAGCAGCCAAUUUUCAAGCUGAUCCACACUCCCUCAUUACAAACCACACAAACAGGCUUUUCCUCUACCACACACACACCACACUGUGGCAGGUGGCCUCUGCCCAGAUCAGUGGCUGUGGUAGAAGCCAUCUUAACUGACUGAUCAGGUUUGAGAGAGGUUUGGAUCCUUCCUGACUGUUUGAGCGUGAGCAGAGUUAGGAGAGCUCGAGCUUCACUUUCUUCUCCAGUGCAGAAGAGAGACGGCACGCCAGGCACGAGGCUCCCCUCUCCUCCCCUCUCCCACUCUGCCUUUUUGCUGGGCUCCAGUCCAGAGAAUGACUGGCUCCAGUGGACCCAAGAGGAACGCAGCCUGAGGAUACAGUACAGCAGCUCCAGCCUUGCCUGCCUGCCUGCCUGCCUGCCUGCUGGGACACAAAUGCACUGAGGUUUUUACAAAUCAUCUCCAACACCUUUGUGGGAUUCACAGGGUAGAUUUUUUAAUUUUUGAUUUUUCUGUUAUCAGAUAAGAACAACUGGAUCUAAGCUGAGCAUACCAACUCACAUACAGACAGACGGACUAACCUGUGGACAGCAAGCAGUGGGCACUGCGGCGUAAAUGUAGCAACUGGACUUCUGUUCUCCCUGGUUACUAAGACCUAACAAGGAUAACAGAUAGAGCACUGUCCACCGAGGUAGUGGGUGGAUGCAGCUUUCAUCACACGGCUAUAGGGGAAAGCAGAUACUGUGCACAAGCUGCAGAGUAUCUAGUUGAUCCUCCCUGUGGUGAUCAUCAGAAAAUUAACACUUACCUCCAAGUAGACUUUUGUCGGAUUCCUAUUUCUUAUUAAAUAUUGUUUGCAGGAACUUGUAGGGCAAAGACUUUUUUCUAUUCAUGGACUUUGUUGCCCUUUGUUGAGUGGACUUGCAGGAUUUCGGUGUAUAUGAACGUGGAGUGUGUGUCUCACUGAGGAUGGCAGAGUGCUUAAGGACUGUGUAUCUUACACUGAUGCUGCUGUAUCUUGUUCUGCUGUGCACGGCUCACACAGCCCACAGCAUAUACCCAAGGAUACGGCUCUCCCACAAAGAACUUAUGCAGCUCAACAGGACCUGGGUGUUCCAGGGACAAGGAGCGUCUCUUCAGCCCCAGACCAUGUUUCUGGAUGAGGGCCACGAGAGGCUUUAUGUUGGGGCCAAGAAUACUCUGUUCUCCCUUAGUCUGGACCAGGUCAACACACACCACAAAGAGAUUCAGUGGGCCAGUACAGAAUCUCAGAUCCAUGAGUGUUUGAUGAAGGGAAGGGAUAAGUCAGAGUGUGCUAACUACAUCAAGGUUCUGCAACAGUACAACCAGACCCAUUUGCUUGUCUGUGGAACAGGAGCCUUUAACCCCAUUUGUGUCCUGGUCAAAGUGGGACACACAGGGCAGGACAGGUUUGCUCUUGAAGAAGACAGUAUCAUAAGUGGCAGAGGACGCUGUCCAUACGACCCCAACAGUCCAUGCACGUCUACGCUCUCCAGUGGAGAACUGUAUAUUGGCCUGUACACUGACUACUGGGAGAAUGAUGGUGCUUUUUGUCGACUUAACAACCAGACCUACACACGCACAGAGAGAGACGACAGGCAGCAACUCAAUGAGCCCAAAUUUGUGGGGUCGGCCAUUAUUCCUGACAACGAUGACAGGGACGAUGAUAAAGUUUACUUCUUCUUCACUGAACGAGAGACGGAUGCUGAGGGAGGGAACAAGGCUGUGUACACUCGUGUGGGGCGAGUCUGUGCGAAUGACCAAGGAGGACAGAGAAUGCUGGUGAAUAGAUGGAGCUCCUUCCUGAAAACUCGUCUAAUCUGCUCUGUGGCUGGACCAAAUUGCAUUGACACACACUUUGAUGAACUUGAGGAUGUGUUUGUGCUCAAGAACAAGGAUGGAAAAAAACCAGAAGUCUUUGGCCUCUUUAGCACAACAAGUGCGGUGUUUAAAGGCUAUGCAGUGUGUGUCUAUCACAUGGAUGAUAUAAGAGCAGCCUUUAAUGGUCCAUUUGCCUACCGAGAGAAACCUGAGCAUCACUGGACACCAUAUGAGGACAGAGUCCCCUACCCUCGACCUGGAUCUUGUGCCAGUAAAGUGAAUGGCGGUGGCUUCUCCAGUUCCAAGGAGUUUCCCGAUGAGGUUUUGCGGUUUGUGCGCUCUCAUCCUGUGAUGUACCGUCCAGUCCUUCCCCAGCACCGUAGACCUGUCCUGCUGCAGACAGAGCCAGGCAGAAGAAAGCUGACCCAGAUCGCUGUGGACAGAGUCCAAGCCCAGGAUGGGCACUACAAUGUUCUCUACAUCGGCACUGACGACUCAGUGGUGUUGAAAGUUAUUACCAUGUACAACAAAGACACAGACACUAUGGAGGAGGUGCUGCUGGAAGAGCUGCAAGUAUUCAAGGUGGCAGCACCAAUAAAAGAGAUCAUAAUCUCACCUAAAAUGCAACAGCUGUAUGUCGGGUCAGAAGUGGGUGUGGCUCAGGUGAGACUGCAUCAGUGUGACCUCUAUGGCUCAGAAUGUGCUGAUUGUUGUCUGGCCAGAGACCCCUACUGUGCCUGGGAUGGUCUAACCUGCUCCAGAUACUACCCUGCAGGGGUUUACACCAAAAGCAGACGAUUCAGGCGGCAAGAUGUUCGCCAUGGCAACGCCGUCCAGCUGUGCAAUGGGCUGCAAAUUGAUGAUGAACAAUGGCCCAGAGGGGAAGAGAGGCUGGUGUACGGUGUGGAGAGCAACAGCACUUUACUCGAGUGUGUCCCUAGAUCACUCCAAGCAAAAGUACUCUGGUUCUUACAGCAAGACAAAGAGAAACAUGAGGUUCGAGGUGAUGAGCGGAUUAUCAUGACCUCCCACGGGCUGCUGUUUUUACGAGUGAGAAGCUCCGAUGCGGGUGUGUACGUGUGCCAGACUGUGGAACAUGGAUAUGUGCACACAUUAUUACGCAUCUCUCUACACGUGCUCAGAGGGGAGAGGGUAGAGUCAGCGAUCCACAGGGCUAACGAUGAGGAUGGAGAGAAAGCUGCACCUCUAUGCCACUCCUCUAUGGGCCACUCACCAGGCCCCAGUAUCAGCCCCAGGGCUCUGGUGCCACCCUCAGUCCCAGGCCCCCACUCAAAGCUGUGGUACAAAGAGUUUCUCCAGCUGAUAGGCUACGGGGAUGCCCAGAGAGUAGAGGAGUACUGUGAGAGAGUGUGGUGCUCUGUUAAAAAACGUAAAAAGACCAAAAGGAAGUAUGUUCCCCCGGGUGGCGAGAAGAGAGGGAAAGGGAAAGGAGAGGAGAACUCCCACCGAGCGCCCAGGCACACAUUAGACGCCUGAGAAGAAUCGAGAUUGACUGCACACACACGCACACACACACACACACACACACACACACACACACACAAGCACACACACAAGCACACACACACACGGUCUAAAGGUCAGACUUCCUCAGUGUUUCUACCAUGUCAAAGGUUUUCACAGUAAAAAAACAUCUGUAGCAGGCUGUCUAGCUGUUGUAGCUACAUUUAUGGUAUCAGUAGUUUGACUGUGAUGUUUGUACUUAUUUUAAAAGGCAAAUAUAAAGGUGAAUACAAUACAUGUCAGCAAAAGAGCAGAGGACCUGGGAAGAGAUUGACAACUGAUUUAGUGACAUUGCCUCUGAUCUGAGACAGAAUAUAAUUUAUUAGCUCCUGUGGACCAACACAUCCAAACCCAGCUGUCAAUCCAAACGCACACAGAGACUUGCUACACUAAACCUAUGCCCCACCUCUCCUUCAAUGGCUCAAUAUGACAAACUCUUACUGUAUCUAUUAUGAUAGAAACUAUGUUAAAGAUAAUGGCCUUCAAAUCUUUUUUGGUACUUUGAUAACUUAUUUUCUUGGUCUUUACUUUGAGUUAUGUAGUUGUUUUUAGAUGUCAUGAACUGGAAAAUAUAGUGUUGUUUUUGUACAGUGAAAAAUGCCUUGAGCUAUAUUAUGCUGAUAAUUUGAUUAUAACAUGGUCAUGGCUGUGGCGUGUGUGGUUAUAAUGGCCACAGCAAGCCAAUGCAUACAGUAAGAUAUUGCAAUGCCACUAUUAUGGAUAUUUGAGGGAUGUUUUAAUUAUAAGUAUGCCCUCAAUGGAAUAAACUACUAUUUAAGCACUUGUGAAAACAGUAACAGUAGUAUGAAAAGUGUUCCUAUCAGUAGAUAUUAUUGUUAUUGUCUGUGUGUACAUUUACAUCUACAGUUGUGAUCAAAUGUACCAACAGUAUUGUGUAUUGCGUAUUGUAUUUUUCUCAAUUUAGGGUGGUCUUUGUGUGCACAUCUGGUAUCUAUUACUGUGUAUACAAAAAGUCAUUCUUCACUGCUAGCUGCUCCCUAUUUCUCCCUCUCUUACUUGUUCCCUCCUGUUUCAUUUACCCUCUUUUGUUCGUCUGUAAUAAUGGUGCAGAUGGGAAUCGUAAUUACAACUCCACAUUCCCCUCAGAAGAAAAGAAUUAUACAAAUAAAUGUUAGGGUGACCAUCCAAGCAUGCCAUUAGCGAAAGUGAUGAGUCUUCCUCAUGAAUAUUCAGUUAAUCCUAAAAUUACAGAAACAUCAAACAAUCGGAUGUUACAGUAAAAUGCAUUGUAGUGGUUGUGCUAACAAUAUAGUCUGGAGGAUCCACCUCUUUUUCCAUGUUGUGCCUUAUUUGUCACUUUAGAAAUUUGACCUUGUUGUAUUUCUCGUAUUUAUAAUGAGGUAAAAACAAUCGCUUGGUCUCUGUCAAGGCCUUAUGGCGUCAUUCUCCUUGAAUAUUCUUCAACUAAGAGCUUUGACUUGGAUUGAAAAUGCUGCGUCUGCUAUACCUCUUAUAAAUACCUGACAUUAAAAAAAAGAUGGACUAUCCUUCCCUCGUUUCACCUCUGUGGUUUAGUCAUCAAUAAUGACAAAGUAUACUCAGUCCACGUCCACGCACAGACAUACUGAGAGUCCGAGCCAAUGAAGAAGAAUGUAAAGAGGUCAGGAGAGAGGCGUGUCACUUAGAUUAAAACAUACAUUUUCAUAUGUAAGUUUUUGUUUUGUUUUUUCGGGCAACUACUGUUAACAAGAAUACAAAAGUUGCUAUGUUUCCUAAUAUUGUAGAAUGUGCCGUAUGCUCGUGAAAUACUAAGUCUAGUGCAACCGGUAAGGAAUGAUUAUACUUUUUUGAGCUGUACACUAGGACACCACACUCAUUCAAAUUCUGUCUAGGUCUACCUGAGUCUGUGGGGGGCUGAAGGCAUUUGAGAAUGGAAUUCAUGCUGCUGAUAUAUUCCACAUGGCUACCAUAGCAACAGGCUCUGAACCAGUUCAGUUCCCCUCCUCAUCAAAGCUCUCUUACUCUCUCUCUCUCUCUCUCUCUCUCUCUCUCUCUCUCUCUCUCUCUCUCUCUCUCUCUCUCUCUCUCUCUCUCUCUGUCAAGUUUUAACACUGUUACUCUGGCCCCUUCAAGCCAUGCUCCCUGUAGCCACUAAUAGAUCACACUCUAAUGUAUACUGGCCCUCUUAGUUAAGCUUAAAAGAGCCUUCUUCUCUGCAGGGACUGAAGCUGGCAUUUGCCAGCUGGAUGGAGCUUCUGACCCCACAGUAAAAUGCCAUUUGGGAACAAAUGCAAUAAUAGAGAGUUGGAGCUGCACACGUUUUCUUCUAAAAUCGUUUUGAGUUUCAAGAGGUCAAUUACAUGUAAUGAAAUACUGUAAAUCCAUUCAGCAACAAAGAGAUUAAAAUGUCAAAGGUCACUGAUAAACAGGCUGCUGUACAUGUCCGUCACUGUGUGAAGAUGACAGUGAUUAUCCUUUUCCUCCAUUGGCACCCAUCUACGUUUUUCCUGCCACUUUCGUUGCCCCCACGCAGUGCUGUUUCUAUCAGGAGCCAAUGCACUAGAACGCUUUAUUACAAGUAAAAAUUUCGGAGAGGAAGGAGAAUUUGUGAGGCGUAGCAUAAUAAACAUUGGCGGACAAAGAAUAAAAGAGCCUCGACAGCCAUUAACACUCCACAUUCUGUCGGUGUGUACAAUGUUUUUUGUUUAUGUGUACAUGUUUUGGGGACUUUUUGGGGGUUUGCAUAGAAGUCUUGAUGGUAAAUAAGAAUAAAAGCACGGCAGAUAGAAA